AUGCCCUCCGAGCCCGCCCCCUCCACAAACGAGCGAGAAUUCAUCCUCGCGGCGCUCCGUGAAAACACCCGCCUCGAUGGCCGCGCCCUAGACGCCUACCGCCCCAUCUCCCUCACCUUCGGCAACGACUACGGCACCGCCGACGUCCGACUAGGCAAGACGCGAGUCCUCGCGAAAAUCUCCUGCGAAGUCGCCACACCCUACCCGGACCGCAAGUUCGACGGCAUCUUCACCAUUACCACCGAGCUGAGCCCGCUCGCUAGUCCUGCGUUUGAAGUCGGACGCCAAGACACCCCCGAACUCCUCCUCUCCCGCCUCCUUGAGAAAACCAUCCGUCGCUCCGGCGCCCUUGACACCGAAUCUCUUUGCCUCGUCGCUGGGCAGAAAUGCUUCCACCUCCGCGCCACGCUGCACGUCCUUGACGCCGAUGGCAACUUAGUAGAUGCUAGCUGUCUCGCCUUAAUAGCAGCGCUUCUGCACUUUCGACGUCCGGACAUCGAAGUCCACGGCGAGGAUGUCACGGUCUUCGAUCCUAGGGAGCGAGAGCCGGUGUGCUUGACGAUACAGCAUAGACCUUUCUGCGUGAGUUUUAGUUACUACCAUGCUGGGGAGGUUAUGGUACAGGAUGCGACGCUACUGGAAGAGCAGUGUAGGGAAGGAGAGGUGGUGGUGAGUAUGAAUCGAUUCGGGGAGGUGGCGCAGGUGGCGAAGUAUGGGGGGCCGCCGGUGGAUGGACUGAGUGUGCUGGGAUGUAUGAGUGCGGCGCUGGAGAGGGUGAAGGGGUUUGAUAAGAUGGUUACGGAGAAGUUGAAGGAGGAUGAGAAGAGGAGGGAUGCGGGAGGGUUGAUGGCGGAGUUGAGCGCGGAGAAUGAGCGGCCGGUUGAGGGUGGGGAUAGGGUUAUGCUGUGA